UGAUGCUAAACCUGCGGGGAAAGUAGUUUGCUAUUUAAAAUAUACUUUCAAAAAGGAUGUUUUAAGUACACUCACAAUUAAUGAAAUGAAGUAUACUUCCAGGAAAUAUACUAUUAGUAUAAUUUACCAGGAUUAAAAUAAAGAGCACUUUUCAUAAAUAUUACAAUGCAUUUUUAGGUAAAGGAAGUUACAGUACAGGAAGUAUACUAGUAGUAUGCUGUCCAGAGAUUAAAAUAAAGUAUGCUAAAAUACCACUAUAAGCAUAUGAGAUUUUGUUUACUUAUUUGAAGUACACUAAAGUACAAUUUAAUUACAUAUAUCCAAAAUUACUUUUACAAUGUAUAUUUUACCCACACCUUAAAUGAAGUGUUUGUACAUUUUAAACACUUUUCACGGGGAGAAGAGCAGGCGCAAGUUCAUGGAACGCCUUCAUAGCUAAAUACCUUGACUGAAGAAUAGAGAAUUGCCAUGAAAUGAGAAUUGCUGUUCCUAAUCUUUCAGACCUAGAUGUGUUUAACAAGGGAGUUAUGGAGAAGUAGACAGCCCACUACUUUGUUUUGGUUGUAUUAUUAUUUUUUAAUUGAUUUUAUUUUUUUUUUAAACCACUAUAUAUUCUUCAUGGGGUUAGCACCUGUUGUAGCUAAAUAAACCACCGGUGUUCCUCAAUUGAGUCUCCGCUGUUUUAAAAAAGCGUCCAGCUGCCGGUGCACCCUAACAGGUUUAUUUUGAAAUCCCUAAUUAAUUUUGUCAUCGUCAGCCAAAUACAACUUCAGGACACGAAAUGUUUUCGACAUUAAUUGCUAUUAGCCCACCUUGUCCCCGGACACGGAACAUUAACAUUUAAAUACUCAUGAACAAUUCAUGCGCAGUAGCAUUAAAUAUUAAUUUUGAAUCAUUUGAGAAGUCAAGUAAUAAGAAAUUGGUCAUCGUUUCUGCUUCUUGUUACGUCAGACUGACAAAAGUUAUAGCAAAUUACAACUAAACAGGCCCAUGUCAGUUGAAAAAUAAAUAAAUAAAUAAUAAUAAUAAUGCGAAAGGAGAGGACAUAUCAGCGAUAGUGCUGGGGUAAGCAUUUCCCAGCCCAGCACACCAUCUUUCAAUGAAUAUUUUAAGUAGGCUAUAGUGAAAUUUUACGUAUUUUUAAGUCCCUUUAGAAGUACUCAGACAUUGUAUUGUUCUUGAAUCAGAACCGACACACGGCAACCCCUGGAGCCAUGUGUCGGUUGAGUGAUAGGGAGAGAAACGCGGUGUGAAAAGCUGUAACGAACUGGCACGUGCAUACAAUAACCACAGAAAGUGCCGCGUUUAACGCCCCCGCGGGAGCUCGUGUUCCCUUUCAUUAUUUAGCGGGAGUCAUCGGGCGUGGUGGUGUUUAUGCAGCUGACAAGACGAUUCAAACCUACCGGACAAAGGAAUUCAGUCGAAAAUGCCGCGCAAGAAAAGCGAUCUGGAAACAAAGAUGGAAGAUGUGGGAAUAGAAAUUGAUGGAGAAGUAGAGAGUAGUGAAGAGGAGACAGCGAGAAGACCUCGAAGGAACAAGAGACAGUCAGCCGGCCGCAAGGCCAAGAAGCCACCCAGUGACGAUGAAGAUGAGGACGAGGAAGAGGAGGAGGCCCCUAAAAGGCGAAGGGGAGCCAACAGGAAGAAAGCAGCGAAGGCACAGGACAGCGAGGAAGAGAGCGAGGAAGAGCGGGGCGGCAAACGCAACCGGAAGGGAGCCAACAAGAAGAAAGCUGCGAAGGCGCAGGACAGCGAGGAAGACAGCGAGGAAGAGCGGGGCGGCAAGCGCAACCGGAAGGGAGCCAACAAGAAACAGAAAGAAGAGCAGAACAGCAAGGAGAAGAAAGGAGAUGCCAAAGGAAAGGGCAAGGGCAAGGACAAGGGAAACGAGAAGGACAACAAGAAGAAAAAGAAGAAAGACAGCAGCUCCUCAGACUCAGACUCCCACUCUGAGGAAGAAGAGUCCAUGUCUGAAGGAGAGAUGGCCAGACUGAUGGAGGAGGUGGAGGAGAAGAAGAAACUCAUCUCAAACAUGAGGAACAAACCUUGGCGCAUGAAGAGGAGGCUGCAGCACCUCAAAGAUGCUCAGCAGUUUGUGGAUAAAUUUGAGGGAGCUUUGGGUAAAGGUAAAGGCAGGAAACUUUAUGCUUACAAAGUGAUGAUGAUGAAGAAAUGGAUCAAGUUUCAGAGAGACUUUGAUAAUUUCAAAACAGCUUGCAUCCCCUGGGAGAGGAAAAUAAAGGAAGUUGAAAGCCAUUUUGGCUCGUCCGUGGCCUCCUACUUCAUUUUCUUGCGGUGGAUGUACGGGAUGAAUUUAGUCCUCUUCGGCUUCACCUUCGGGCUGGUGGUCAUUCCAGAGGUGUUGAUGGGGUUGCCAUACGGCUCGAUCCCCAGGAAGACCGUUCCUAGACCAGAGCAGCCCACUGCCAUGGACUACUCUGUCCUCAUGGACUUCAAUGGUUAUUGCAAGUACUCGGUUCUCUUUUAUGGUUAUUACAACAAUCAACGGACGAUUGGUCUCCUGAAAUUCAGGCUUCCACUGUCUUAUCUCAUGGUGGGAAUCGGCACUUUUGGAUACAGUUUAAUGGUUGUGAUUAGAACGAUGGCUAAGAACGCGGAUGUGGGCGGAGGGGACGGCGAGGACGGGGAGUUCACCUUCGGCUGGAAGAUGUUCACCAGCUGGGACUACCUGAUCGGGAACUCCGAAACGGCCGACAACAAGUACGCCUCCAUCACCACCAGCUUCAAGGAGUCCAUCGUGGACGAGGAGGAGAACCAGAAGGACGAGAACAUUCACCUGCGCCGUUUCCUGCGCGUCCUGGCCAACGUGCUGAUCAUCUGCAGCCUGGGCGGCAGCGGCUACCUCAUCUACUUCGUGGUGAAGAGGUCGCAGGAGUUCGCCAACCGGGACGACCUGAGCUGGUACGAAAAGAAUGAGGUUGAGAUAAUAAUGUCGCUGCUUGGCCUGGUUUGCCCGCCGCUGUUUGAAACCAUCGCUGAGUUGGAGGAGUAUCACCCCCGUAUCGCCCUGAAGUGGCAACUAGGCCGAAUAUUCGCCCUGUUUCUGGGAAACUUGUACACCUUUCUCUUCGCCCUGUUUGACGAAGUAAACGCAAAGCUUGACGAAGAGGAAUCCAUUAGGAACGCGUCGAUCUGGGCCAUGAAAGAGUACUACGCCAAUUUCACCGCCAACAACAACGACACCGGCGCCACCCCUCCCCCCAUCAACCCCUCCGACGUGAUCCGCGGGCCGUGCUGGGAGACCACCGUCGGAAUCGAAUUUGUGAAGCUCACGGUUUCCGACAUUCAAGUGACGUACCUGACGAUCCUGAUUGGAGACUUCCUGCGAGCCGUGAUCGUCAGGUUCCUCAAUUACUGCUGGUGCUGGGACCUGGAGGCGGGGUUUCCGUCGUACGGAGAGUUUGACAUCAGCGGCAACGUUCUGGGCCUGGUCUUCAACCAAGGGAUGAUAUGGAUGGGGGCGUUCUAUGCGCCGGGCUUGGUGGGCAUCAACGUGCUGCGCCUGCUGACGUCCAUGUACUACCAGUGCUGGGCGGUGAUGAGCUGCAACGUGCCGCACGAGCGCGUCUUCAAGGCCUCCAAGUCCAACAACUUCUACAUGGGCCUGCUGCUGCUCAUCCUCUUCCUCAGCCUGCUGCCCGUGGUCUACACCAUCAUGACCCUGCCGCCCUCCUUCGACUGCGGCCCCUUCAGCGGGAAGGCCAAGAUGUUCGACGUGAUCAUGGAGACCAUAGACCUGGACCUGCCGGCCUUCAUCGGGACGCUCUUCAGCUACGCUGCUAACCCCGGCCUGAUUAUACCGGCUGUGCUGCUGAUGGUACUGGCCAUAUACUACCUGAACUCCGUCUCAACGGCUUACCAGAACUCCAACAUGGAUCUGAAGAAGAAGAUACAGAUGCAAAGGGAUGAAGAGAAGAAUCGCAGGAAUAACACAGACAGCACUAAUCAAGUGAUGAAGGACCUGGAGGAUCUGCUCCCCAAUCGCUCCCUGAUCCCCCCGGCCGCCCCCGAGCCCAGUACAGAUAACAAGAGUGACCCUGGGGGCAAGUCUCCUAAGGUGUCGGGGAAGCCGGGAGCAGCGCCCAGUGGGGUGAAGCUUCAGAAAGACGUGUCACUGGCUGCACCCAAUCCCCGUGGGGCUGUUUCCCGCCCCCCAGGCCCCCGAGGGCCUGGGCCCCUCCCUGGGAACUCCAUGCAGGUGCCAGGGGCAGGGCAAGGGCGGGGCAGGGGGAGGGGCGGGCCCCCCAGACACUAAAUCAUACAGACCACGCCACUCAUCAGGGCCAGAGAAACCAUCUCAGGGCUGUCUGAAUUCAGUUUAUGCGUGUGUGUGUGUGUGUGUGUGUGUGCAUGUAUGUGCGUGGUGUGUGUGUCAAUGGGUGUAUAUAUGAGUGUGUAUGCAUGCAUGAGACAGUGUGUGUGUGUAUGUGUGUGCAAAUGUGUGUAUGACUGUAUAUGAGACAUUGGGUGUAUGUGUGUGUAUGUGUGUGUGAUACGUAUGUGUGUAAUGAUGCAGACCUGCGCAAUCUAACAGUGCAGUCCUGUGCAAUCUAAUAACACAGGUAUGCACAGUGUAAUGAUCUCUGUUUGUAAAAAAAAAGAAAAAAAAGGUAAAUAACUCAGCUUGGAUACUUUUUUGUAAUUGAAUGUUAUCUCCCCGAAAUCCCCCAAUAAAAAUGUAAUAUGA